AUGUCAGCAGAUUCCGAUCAUCAUCGACCAUCAUUUCGUUUUCGUGAUAAAUUUUCACGUCUUAAAGAUAAAGUUAAAGACAAGAUUAAAGAUAAAACUAUUAAACAUAAUAUUACUUUAAUUGUUCAUCAAAAUUUAACAACAAAUGAUACAGACGAUCAUUAUACUCAUAGUACUCGUCAUGGUUUUCGUCAACAGAUGCAUCAUAUGAAAGAUGUUUUCAAAAAUAAAACUCAUUAUAAUGAAUUUAAAGAGAAAAUAAAAGAAAAAAUUGAUGAUAAAUUAGAUUUACAUGAUAAUAAAACAUAUCCAAAAGGUUUUUAUGAUUCAUUAUUUAGUCCCGAAACUGAGAAUGAUGUGUAUUUACAAACUGCACUUAUGUGUUUAUGGGUUAUUGCUUUAUUAUGUAUUAUACCAACAAUAAUAAUUAUAUUUUUACCAUCAAGAAAAAAGAAAGCAUCUACAACUAGUACCAAUAUGAUUUUUUUUCAUAUAUUUCUUUGUGAAAUUUUUUAUCUUAGUUAUGUUUUAUUAGCAAUGAUUAAUGUGGCAAAAGAUUUUCGUUUGGGACCUUUUCUUUGUGAUUUUGCAAAUUAUGGCAUGUAUGUUACAAUUCCAAUAAUGCAAUUUGCUCUAUUAUUUCUUUCUCUUGAACGUAUACAAAAACAUUUUAAUUUAUCAAUGACAUGGUCAAAAAUCUUUACUAAACCAUAUUUAAUACAAGUUAUAUUAUGUGCGAUAUGGAUUAUAUUAAUAUCAUUAGUUGCUACAGUUAUGUUUAUAAAAAAACAAUUUAGUUUUAAUUUUUUUAAAGAUAAAGUAAAUAGUCUAGCUCCACCAAUAUUUGGUGAUGUUGUUAGUCGAAUGGUUGGACGUCGUCAUCAUUGUUCAAUUGAUGGUCGUUUAUCAUCUGUAUUUAAAACACUUAUUAUUAUUUUAUUUAUUAUAUUAAUUGUUAAACCAAUAUUAUUUUCACUUGGUUUUAAUUUAUUAAUGCCAUUUUGUUGUAAAAAAAAACAAAAAGAACAUGAAAAACAGGGUGAUCGUCGUAUAACAACAUUAGUAACAAUAUUUCUUUUAUUAAAUUUAUUUUUUUCAUUUCCAUUUUAUUUUGCAUCAAUGUUUAAUAAUAUAUUAACACGUAUUCAUUCAACAAAAGAUACAUUUACAUUAAUAUUAAAAAUAUGUUUUAUAUUACGUAUAACAAAUAUUAUAUUUGAAUGUUUAGCAUUUUAUAUUUUUGAAAGAAAUUCAUGGAAUUUAUUACGUAAAUUAUUAUAUUAUGGAACAUGUAAAAAAUUUCCAAUAUUUAAUAAAUCAUCAGAUGAUGAUGCUGUGUUUACAAAAAAUCGUGAUGUUCAAGAGCUUCUUGAUAGGACACGUUUAUCUUCGAAUGAUGAUGAUGAUGAUAAUAAUAAUAAAAAAAUUAAAAAGAAACAAAUAAAUAAAAAACAAACAAUUAAAAAAGAACCUGAACCAAUAACUGAAAGUGAAUCUGAUGAUAAUGAUGACGAUGAUGAUGAUGGAGCAUUUAGAAAAUCAACUAAAAAACCACCAAAAUUUGAAAAAACCAAAACACCAGAUCAAAGCGACGACGACGACGAUGAUGCUGAUGACAACAAGAAAACUAUUGUGAAACGAAAAUCAACCUCGAUUAAAAAGACUGUUGAAACUGAAGAAGACGAAAACGAAGACGAAGAAGAUAUACCGAAAACUAAGACUAUUAAAAGACAAAUAUCAUCAACGAAAAGAGUUGAAAGUGAUAAUGAUGACGAUGUUGACGAUGAACCAAAACAAACUAUCAUUAAAAAACGAAAAUCGAAAAUAAAACAACAAGAAAGUGACAAUGAUGAAGAUGAAGAAAAUGAAUCAAAACCUAUCACAACUACAAAACGAUCAUCACGGACGAAAAAAAUUGCCACCGAUGACGACCAAGAUGAAGAAAAACAUACCACUACUAUAAAACGAUCAUCACGGACGAAAAAACCUUCCAGUGAUGAUGAUGAUGAUAAAGAUGAAGAAUAUCAAACUACGACGAUUCCUAAACGUAAAUCGCGUCCAAAAAUUCGAGAGAAAACAAUUAUCGAACAUUCAAAACCAAAAUCAACUAAAUCACAUCGUAAUGAUGACGAAAUUCGAAUACCCAAUGGUAGACCUACAUCACAUCGACCAUCAUCCGUUACAGAUACUCAUAAAACAAAAAGCUCAAUUCAAAGACAUUCAACUUCUACUAAUAAUCAUAUUAAUAAAUAUCACUCGAAACAACGUUCACCAUCAGCAAAUGAAAGUGAAGCUGAUACAGAUUCAAAGGCCAGUCAUACAUCAUCGAAAAUGAUCAAAACUUCUGUUCCUCCUAAACCAAUAACUAAACACACAACUAAAACUCAUUCAUCAUCAUUAGCGAAAGAACAACACAAGCGAAUUCGAACUCAUUCACCAAACGUAUCACAUUCUCGACAUCGAACAGAAUCUUCACCAUCAUCUCCACAUCGAGCAAAACCAACAAAGUUAACUAAAUCACAUCAUACAACAAAAAAACAUAGUCAUAGUCCAUCAAGAAAAACAAAUACACAUACACAAAAACCCAAAAAAGAUCAUAAAACUAGAAUUCUUGAAAUGUCUGACGAAAUCCAAUGUCUUUGUAAUCGUUUGCAAUCAGCUACACAUUUCGAAGAUCGACGAGAUGCUGUGUUUGGUCUUAAAUUGUUUUCUAAAAAAUGUAAACUUGAAGUUGGAAGAAAAAGUAUGAAAAUAUUAGCAAAUAUUUUACAAAAUGAUCGAACUCAUUCAAAUCUUAUUCAAUUGACACUUGAAACAUUAACCAAUGUAGUUACAUAUGAUGUUGAUAGUGAUGAAGAGCAAUCAGACUUAUCAGAAGAUAUUAUUGUUGAAUUAACAGAAAAGUAUAUCGAAAGUGAAGAAAAUGUUUAUGCAGUUCUUGAAUGUAUUACAGAAAGUGAUGUAAAUGUUUGUCGUGCAGCUAUUCAAUUUCUUACUGCACUUCUUAGAAAUUGUACAGAACAAGUACAAAAUAUAAUUUUAAAAAAAAGACGUGAAAGUUUUUCAAAAUUAAUGAAUCUUUUAGACGAUAAACGUGAAGAUAUUCUAAGUGAUACAUUACUUCUCUUUCAAAUCUUAAUUCGUUCUCAUUCGAAUAUCCAACUACUCUUUGUACUUGAACAUGGUUUUCAACGUUUAUCUGAAAUUCUUGUUGACAAAUAUGGUACUGAUGGUGGUGUUAUUGUCGAAGACUAUUUAUCGUUUCUACUGAGUUUAUUCGAAUAUAAUCAAUUAGCGCAUAGUUGUUUUCGUAAAUUCUCUCAAAUUUCGGAUUUAUUUGGAUUUUUUCAAACUGCUUUAACCGGCGAAAAAUGUUGGUCGACACAAAAAGUAAAAAAUGUUCAUCUUUUUUUACAAAUAAUUCGAACACUUGUAUCACCAAUAAAUUCUAUGGAAAAUAUUGUUGCAUGUCAACAUAUAAUGAAGAAAUGGGGUAUAUUACAUUGUUUAUGUGGCGUACUCACACUUACCACUGUUCCUACUGAUGUCUUAGCUGAAACUAUUAAUACAAUUGGUGAUAUUGUUCGUGGUAAUACUGAAAAUCAAUGUGUUCUUGGUCCUAUUAAGAAGACUGUUGUUAAAGUUCAUAAACCAACAUUAUUUAAUCUCAUAUAUACAAUGGUGGCUGAUAAGAAAAAAUUAUUUCAACUUCGAAUAUCAAUACUUUAUUGUCUACAAUGUUAUUUAUAUAAAAAUGAUUUUGGAAAAUUAAUGAUUAUUCAGACACUUUUACCUCAAACAGAAAAUGCUGCUAACCAGACUACAUUAGGUCAUCUAUUAAUCAGCGGUUAUUUAGGUAAUGAUAAUGUUGCAUCAUGGUGUUCCGGUAUUGCACUUGCACAUUUAAUUAAUGGUAAUCUAGAGUAUAAGCAUGAAUUCCUGAAAGUGGUAAUAACAGUUAAUCAAUCACAAACAAAUAUUAAAACAUUAAUGGAAAUAUCACUUGAUUUAUUACAAAAUCUAUCGUCUUCAUUUCACACACGUAUUGCUACACUGAUUUUCUUAUGUACAUGGUUAUCAAAUUGUUCAUUAGCAGUACAAGCAUUAAUUUCAAUUGAAAAUAGCAUCUCAUAUCUUAUUUCACAAAUAUGUAUUGAACCAAGUACAAAUGAACGUGAACUUUUGAUUCAAUCAUUAUGUUCAUUUGCAUUAGGUUUAUGUUUACUUCCUAGUAAUAAUAAUCCGAUACAAUCAUAUUCUACUGAAUCAUUCAAACAAUUAAUAAACAAACAGAUUGGUAUUAAUUUAUUUCUAGAAAAACUAAGAAUAAUAUCAAAAUCUGAAUUUUAUAUAAAAGCUUUAGAAAAACCACAAUUAAAAUUCUUAGUAUCAAAUGAGAUGAUAUUUGAUCAUGAAUUUGCUCAUUUAUAUGAAACUCUUCAAAGUUCUAUAUCAAAUAUAUUAACCAAACAAGAGAUAAUUUCAACAGAUAAUUCAUUUAUUGUUCCAACAUGA